CCCAACAUAUCACCGCCAAGAACUCAGAGUCCUCAUCAACGCCCGAAUUUUCCUCCAUUGAGUUUAAACUACGCCCGCUAUUUAUCAAUUACUCUAUCAUUAAGUUUCUGGUCUUUGUGGAUAAAAUACUGGCUGUUUAAUCCUAUCGCCACCUUUAUCUUAUCCAACCUGAGCUCAGAGAGCCAUAGUCUAUGAUGACGCCUCACGACAGCUUCACCGAGAUUUUACCAAAUGAAACUCUCACCUCAAUCUUGGCUCCCUUCUCAACUCAAGAUUUACUCUCUUUUGCUCCGAUUAACCGCCGCAUCUGCUCUCUUGUCACUCGUCUCGUUCAUCAACGCCUGCUCCAAGCUGCCCUUCUUCCAGAUAAUAAGCUUAUUUUAGAGUGUUACCAUCCAAGCGACCAGCUUUACACGCCUUAUUUGGCAUGUCGUUAUCAGGGUGUCGCGGCGCAAGACGGUCAGCCCAUUAGUGAAGAUACGCCCGAGUUGUCUGAUCUGCGAUCUUUGUAUGCUUCCUACAAGCCAGUCUUUGCACCGGAGAACCGCAGUAUCAAGAGGAGCCGAAGACGUCCCACGGAGGCGCAACCCUCUGAUGAUGUUGAAGAUGAUACCGCCACUCAAGACGUGAACCUUGAUGAUGGAGAGAUGUUCUCCCAGUUGUGUGCUGUUACGAACCUUGUCAAGGAGGGUCCAAGGAGCGGACUAUUCAUAAGCCAUGUUAACAUUGUCGAUGGGGUCAUACGCGUUUUCCGAAAGUGGCUCGCCAAAAUGGCUAGCAGACAGGAUAAGUCUCAGUCCGACUCAGAGAACAUUAUCUGGAUUGAUACGCAUAACAACGUUGGGAUACGAUUCAGCGUUGCACCGGCAGCAUCUGAAACGAUGCCACUCAUCUCGGGUCCAGAUGAUGAUCCGCCAGUUCACUACAAGCUUGUGUAUGAAGAAUUGCUCGUACGGGCGAGUAGUCUUCUCCUGGCUGUGGAGCAAUCUGCGGUGCAGGAAAUUGGAAACUCUGGAAAGACCCUUGUGAUUCACGGUGCUGCCAUGUAGCCAGUUACAAAUACAAUGAAUUAUUUCUA